ACUUGUAACACGUCUCCAGCCUUCCCUGUCAUCAGGUCACCAACUUCCUUGAUCUUCCGACGCUAGGCAAGCGUCCACCCCCCAUACAUGGUCUAACGACUUUGCGGAGACCUUUGUUUUUGGUAAACGGUCGUCUCUUGCGCUUCUCCAGCUCGUAACGCGUCUCGAGCUCUUUACGCGUCUCCAGCAUCAAGGCUCCAGCUAUAUCUCCCGUCUCCAGCUACAGCAGUAGAUAAUAUAGAGACCGAGACAGUGCAGUAGCUCGAAGAAGAGGAUGACGGACGCGUGGAUCCGAGCACUUGUCGAAGCCAUUCACUCCACCCCAACCCAAGCCGUCUUCUACAUCUCCGGCGGAGCCUCUCAGGCCUUGGGUUGGUUGAUGUCAACUCCAGGAGCUUCAAACACGGUCCUUGAAGCAGUCGUCCCUUACUCCAAAAUGUCCUUGAUCCAACUGCUCGGCGAGAUUCCUACACAUUUUGUCAGCCGGCAGACUGCCGAAGAAAUGGCUUUAUUGGCUUAUAAUCGCGCGCUCAAGCUAUCUAAACCAGGUUUGCCUGCUGUGGGUGUGGGUUUUACUGGUGCUUUGGUUAGCAUGCAUCCAAAACGUGGGGACCACAGGUUUUACCUGUCAACAAGAACAUCUAAUCGUCUUUGGGUGUCUACAGUUACCUUAUCAAAGGGUUUGCGAACUCGUGAGCAAGAGGACAAAGUUUCAAGUCAUUUGUUACUCAAGGCAAUUGCAGACUCAUGCAAAGUUCCAGCAACAUUUGUUUCGGAGUUGACUGAAACUGAAUUGCCGGAUGAAUGUGAAAAGCAGUUCAGUGAAGAUCAAGAAUUGGAGCAACUUAUAAAUGGGCAAAUAUGUUUUAAGGUUUAUCCUUUUUCAAGUGAUAAAGAUACAAAUGCUGACAGAAAAAUAAUAUUAUCUGGUUCUUUUAAUCCUUUACAUGAUGGUCAUCUCAAGCUCCUUGAAGUUGCUACCAGCAUAUGUGGGCAUGGAUAUCCAUGCUUUGAAAUAGCUGCAGUCAAUGCAGACAAGCCUCCACUGACAGUAUCUCAAAUCAAAGAUCGUGUCAAACAAUUUGAAAAAUUUGGGAAAACAGUAAUUAUUUCCAACCAACCUUAUUUUUAUAAGAAAGCAGAACUUUUUCCUGGCAGUGCUUUUGUGAUUGGUGCUGACACCGCAGCAAGGCUUAUUAAUCCUAUAUACUACGAUGGGGAUCCUGGGAGGAUGCUAGAGAUACUUCUUGGGUGCAGAAGUACAGGAUGCACGUUUAUUGUGGCUGGUCGAAAUGUGGAUGGUGUCUUUAAGGUUCUUGAGGAUUUUGACAUUCCAGAGAAAAUACGAGACAUGUUUGUUUCAAUACCAGUGGAUAAAUUCCGCAUGGAUAUAUCCUCUACCGAAAUAAGGAAACGCCAAGAAAUGCUAUAGAACUUCUUGUGUUCAAUUUUCAGCAUGACGUGAUCGUAAAUGCCAAAAACCGUAACAAGGAAAAGGAGGGAAGCACCUUGCUCAUGAUUAAGCACAAACUGAGAUGUGAAUGAUCCAGCAUAAUAUUGGACUUCAGAGUUUAGAGUGUACAUGUAAAUUGUUAUUGUAAUUUAAUGCUACCAUAUAUUCAAAACCAAAGCUAUUGAACAAGUUUCAAGAAAGGUUAGUUCAUCUCA